ACUUCUGCGACGUAAGAUCCACAUCAGCUCAACUCCACUCACAUCCCAGCCGCACUUCCUCACUUUCUCAACUGUCUCGCCCCACACCGCUCCCUGCCUCCUUUUUGGCUGGUUAUAGAGCAGAAUUCAGCACCCCCCGCCCCUCCUGAGAGCUGGCUUCCUGCUAGGUCGGGCUUUCGGGCUCUUUUCCUACUGCCCGUCGCUCGCUUGCAAGAAGGCUGGAUGGUUACACCGGGCAGGUUGGCUCCAUAAUGUUAGGGACUGUGAAAAUGGAAGGGCAUGAAACCAGCGACUGGAACAGCUACUACGCCGACACUCAGGAGGCCUAUUCCUCGGUGCCCGUGAGCAACAUGAACUCGGGGCUGGGCUCCAUGAACACCAUGAACACCUACAUGACCAUGAACACCAUGACGACGAGCGGCAACAUGACCUCCAGCUCCUUCAACAUGUCCUACGCCAACACGGGGCUGGGGGCUGGGCUGAGUCCCGGUGCCGUGGCCGGUAUGCCGGCAGGCUCGGCGGGGCCCGUGAACGGCAUGCCGGCCGGCGUGGCCGCCAUGGGCACGGCGCUGAGCCCCGGUGGCAUCAACGCCAUGUCUGCCCAGCCGGCCCCCAUGAAUGGGCUGAGCCCCUACGGCGGCAUGAACCCCUGCAUGAGCCCCAUGGCCUACACCCAGUCCAACCUCGGCAGGACACGGGACGCUAAGUCCUUCAAGCGGACCUACCCCCACGCCAAGCCGCCCUACUCCUACAUCUCCCUCAUCACCAUGGCCAUCCAGCAGGCACCCAGCAAGAUGCUGACGCUGAGUGAGAUCUACCAGUGGAUCAUGGACCUUUUCCCCUACUACCGACAGAACCAGCAGCGCUGGCAGAACAGCAUCCGCCACUCGCUCUCUUUCAAUGACUGCUUCGUCAAGGUGGCCCGCUCCCCCGACAAGCCCGGCAAGGGCUCCUAUUGGACCCUGCACCCCGACUCUGGCAACAUGUUUGAAAACGGCUGUUACCUCCGCCGGCAAAAGCGCUUCAAGUGCGAGAAGCCGGCGAACAGUAAAGCCACUCAGGAGGGCAGGAAAGAUCAGGCCGGGGCCUCUAGUUCAAGCUCCAACUCCCCCCUGCACAGAGGCCACAACAAACCUGCGCAGCUGGACACGGCCACCUCUCUCUCCAGCUCCAACCCGUCCACCAGCCCCCAGUCUAUGGACCACAGUGGAUCAAGCACGGAGCUAAAGACCUCGGCCUCGGCCGCCUCCUCCACCAUCAGCUCUGUACCCACCUUGGCCUCCGUCCCACACCCCCCUCACUCAUUAGCCCACGAACCCCAGCUCCACCUCAAGGGUGAUCCCCACUACUCCUUCAACCACCCGUUUUCCAUCAACAACCUCAUGUCCUCCUCGGAGCAGCAGCACAAGCUGGACUUCAAAGCCUACGAGCAGGCGCUGCAAUAUUCCUCUUACGGGGCCAGCAUCCCCGGCGGGCUGCCCCUGGGCAGCGCCUCCAUGGCUGGCCGGAGCAGCAUCGAGCCCUCGGCCCUAGAGCCCUCCUAUUACCAAGGUGUGUAUUCCAGACCCGUGCUAAACACCUCCUAGCUGUGCAACCCCCGCCGCCGGGGCCGAGACCCCUCCUCCCUUUCCUGGCUUCUCUCCCCGCUUUCCCUGAGACAGACCAAGGUGUUUCUGCACGCUGCGUGCAAAGGACUGUUACUUUUUAAUUGUCUCGCAACGCGUUGUGUGUUGUUAUGAUCCACCACGACCUCCUGCAAAGCCGGCCGCGUCCCGCUUGUACAUACUCCCUCCGUCCCCCGCCGCCCAGCCCCUCUCCCCGGAGACCUCCCCAGCCUAUGCAGGGUGUUAUUAAAAAGAAGAAAAAAAUGUUGAGCUUGUAAACUACUUGUUUGUGCUUUCUGCCCCCUCGUCUCCCUCCCUUAUGUGUUCUAUACUCUCAUGUAAGUUUACAGGUAUGUGGCAAUACUUUAACAAUACGGAGAUGAAGAAGCGAGUAGACAUUUAAGACUUUUUUUUUUUUUUAAUUAAAAAGGCUUUGAAGGACAAUACUGCUGUGAAGUAGCAAAACACUAAGAGAAUCUCUAAGCAACAAGAGAACUAUUUACUUUCUCGGACCAUCCUUUUGAUACUUGCAAAACAAACCUUCGGCUACUACAACCCGCAUAAAACCCAGAUGCUGCGGGCCGGAUCCUGCACUCCCGAGGGGACCAACUGGAGCUUUGGAGUGCAGGAUGCGACCCUUGUCUUUUACCAGGUGUUUUCCAAGUGUUUUGGGAUGUAACAUAAAGUUACAAGAGGUCACAGCCAGUUGGAUUUUUUUUCCUUCCCAUCUGUUACUGAAGAUUCUAGUUCAUCAGGAACUCUCAUCAACAUGUGGAUGACAUACUUAUUUAAUUUGUCUUCAUUGUGUACCAGCUAGAACUGUGUAUCUAUAACCAGGUUAUUUCCCCCCUGCCCUAGGAAACAUUGACUACUACACUGAUGCAAGGAAAAGAGGACAACUCUGUCUCUCUCCCCUUUUCAAACUUGUCUAUUUUUUUUUUUGUGGCCGUUUAAUUAUCGCCAUCGUUAGCUUAUUUCAUCCAGUGUUAUUGCACUUUCCACAGUUUUACACGGUAUUAGCAUAGCCAGACGGGUUUUAUUAUUAUUCCUGUUCGCUGUUUCAAUGUUCUUAAUUUAUUGCAUGGUUUAUAUUGUUUUCUUUCUUUACAGCUGGAAAUUGCUUUAAAUGACCGUAAAAAAAAAUAAUUACACGUGAAUUUAAGAAAUUUUGUUAAUUUUAUAAAUGUGAUUGUAAUUGAAAAAAAUAUUUUGAUUUAAAACGAUAACUGAGAAUUUAAUGCGUGAAGUAUGUUUUUGAUCAUUUGCAGUUAAGGACUUUAAAUAAAUCAAAUGUUAUCAAUGAAA